CCGUAGAAUUUUAGGAACUGUUCCUUUUGGCCUCUUCUUCUGGUCACGACAUUCGCCUUUUUUGCAUCAGUCGCUAAAGGAGGUAACUUUCAUGGACAUGCGCUCUUGAAUUUCGGUGGACUCUCCAAUUCCAUGUGAAAGGCGAUGCGGGCGUCAUGAUUCUUUCGAUCGUAAAGCCUCGAACUAACUAAAAUUCUCGUUUCGCUAUUCGACAGAGAGGUCGUCCUAAGGAAUAUGAGAAAGAGAAAGGCCUGCAUCAUAGCAAAACGGAUCGAGAUCACAAACCCGAUGUGCGGUCGAGCGCGAAAAACCCGGGUCGCGCAGGACGUGAAUUUCUCGGAUGAUCUCGUGUAAUUACAUUUUCUAGGAAUGUUCCAGGUGAAUGUGGCACUUGCAUGAUUGAACUCUUGUGGCAUUCCUCAUCUGUUCUGUUCACCACGACUGUAACUUGCCUGUUCUGUUUACUGCAGGGAGAUGACUCAGAGUUCUCUGCUUCGCAAUUCCUGAGGUCAGAGAGAGAGAGAGAGAGAGAGAGAGAUGGAGGCCUAAAGUGCACGUAUGCCUUUCUUGCUACCUAUAAAUUCCCACUCACCACUCUUUCUCUCUCUGCUUGCUUUGUGUUCUGGAAAAGAAGAACGAGCUUCGUCAUACAAAGGCCUUGGAGAUAAACUCCCCCAUCUUUCUUGCGUCGCAUAGCCGAACUCGAAAGCUUCUCGAUCACACGAAAGGGCGCGAAAUGCGACCGCCGCCGAUGGAAACAACCACAAGAGACGCCGCGGCGACCGCCAUACACAAGAUCCUCCACCUCGCUCCGCCGCCGGCGACGUGCGGCCCCCGCGCCUGCUGGCGGCGGGCCGCUGCCAACUCUGACUCUUCCGGCGACCUCCAGACCUACCUCAUCGUCCUCGUCCUCUGCUUUCUCCUCUGCGCCUUCGCUCUCACCUUCGCCGUCCGCUGCUUCCUCCGCAGCCAGCCCCCGCCCCCGCCCCCGCAGAGCAGCCUGCCUCCUCGGGCUCGGGGCGAGGCUGAGCAGAAGCCCGCCGGCGAAGGGACCGUGCCUGCCCUGGCGGCGGCGGCGCUGAUGGUGUUCUCGCCGGAGGUGGAGCUGGCCGGUGUGGAGGCAGAGUGCGCGAUUUGCCUGACGGAGUUCGUCGGAGGGGAGGAGAUCAGGGUCCUGAAGGGCUGCAGGCAUGGAUUCCACGAUCAAUGCAUAGAGAAGUGGUUGUCUUCGAAGUCGUCUUGCCCGACCUGUCGCAGCAGCUGCGUCGUCGUCAAUUGCUUGGCGCAUGAGAAUGGCACUGCCCAGUGCUCUGAAAACGGCGGAACGCCCGCAUCUCUUUCUCAGAGAGCGACAGAGCAAGUUUGAUUGUCGAAGAGUUCGUGCAGUUUUCAUUUCACUUUUUGCCUUGGAAAUUCGAAUUCGUUGCUUGUGUUGGUGAUUGAUUUUCUCAGACAUCAAUGAAAUGAGUUUUUAAGUCUCA